UGGAGCACUGCAGGCUGGAGUUUGUACACAGAUCUUCAACAUGGAGAGUGCUGCAACUGGAGAGAAAAUGUUCAGCUUUGUGCACCUCAGUGUACAGGAAUUCUUGGCAGCUCUUUAUGUUCUUCAUGAAGGUGUUCAUUGGGCAAAUCCCUUUUCAAAGAACUGGAAAGAGAAGAUCAGCUGGCUGUUCACACACUCAAGGUUUGACCUUUACAGAUUUGCUGUGGAAAAGGCUCUGCAGAGCCAGAACGGACAUUUGGAUCUUUUUGUCCGUUUCCUCCUCGGCCUGGCUCCAAUGUUGGAGCCAAAAAUCCGGUCCCCCCUGGAUGUGUUGCUGCCACAGUUAGCUGUCAGAGGUGAGAGCAUCGAGAAAACGGUUCAAUACAUCAAAGAGAAGAUCAGGAAAGACAUCUCACCAGAACGGAUCAUCAACCUCUUCCACUGUUUGAAUGAGUUAGGGGACAACUCACUGAUUGAGGAGAUCAACAGGUACAUUAACUCAGCAGAUGAGGAGAAGAACCUGACUCCAGCCCAGUGUUCAGCUUUGGCUUAUCUGCUGCUGAUAUCAACUAAAGAAAUGAAUGAGUUUAAUCUGAAGAAAUACCUGAGAUCAGAGGAAGGGCUCCACAGAAUGCUUCCUGUAGUGAAAGUCUCUAGGAGAGUUUGGCUAAAUCAGUGUCGACUCUCUAAAGCAAGCUGUGCAUUGAUGGCAUCAGUGCUGCAAGGGACACGUUCCCCUCUGAGAGAACUUGACAUGGGUGACAAUGACCUGCAGGGUAAAGGAGUGGAGCUGCUCUGUGUGGGACUAAGAGAUCAACAAUGCAAGCUGAACAAACUGAGGCUAAAUCGGUGUCGACUCUCUAAAGCAAGCUGUGAAAUAAUGGCAUCAGUGCUGCAAGGGACACCUUCCCAUCUGAUAGAGCUGGACAUGGGUGACAAUGACCUGCAGGAUGAAGGAGUGGAGCUGCUCUGUGUGGGACUAAGAGAUCCACAAUGCAAGCUGGAGACACUGAGGCUGAGCCAUUGUCUCAUCACACAGAAGGGCUGUUCUUCCCUGGCCUCUGCCCUCAAAUCAAACCCCUCCUACCUGAAACAGCUGGAUCUGAGCUACAAUCACCCAGGAGAUUCAGGUGUCAGAGAACUCUCAAACAGACUGAAUGAUCCCAACUGUAAACUAGAGACUUUCAGGUGAGUGCUGGGUGUACAUAACAUUUUGAUCUUAGGUGACAUAUUCUAGAUAGACUGCCUAUUCUCCCCAUGUAUGUGUAGGUUUUCUCCCACAUCCUAAAAUGGACACAAAAGUGGUUCU